UAUGUUCUCCGUGUGUAAACAAUCGCAUCCCGCCACAGGCGUGGAAUUUGCCAUCACCUGCCGUUUCUUUAAUAAUGUUGAUGAAAAUGUGGUGGUUGCCGGUGCCAAUAUAUUGAAGGUUUAUCGGAUCAUUCCCAACCUGGAUGUAUCACAACGGCAUCAGAAACUCAAUCCCAAUGAAUUGAGAAAUCCACCGAAAAUGCGUUUGGAAUGUCUGGCCUCGUAUACCUUGUAUGGAAAUGUAAUGUCAUUGCAGAGUGUGACGCUGACCGGUUCUAUGAGGGAUGCUUUACUGAUUAGUUUCAAAGAUGCCAAGCUGUCAGUGGUACAGCAUGAUCCAGAUACGUUUGGCUUGAAAACUUUGUCCCUGCAUUAUUUCGAAGAGGAAGAUAUUAAAGAUGGCUGGACGGGCCGUUAUUAUAUACCCAUGGUACGCGUUGAUCCCGAUGCCCGUUGUGCUGUAAUGUUGGUGUAUGGUAAACGUUUGGUCGUAUUACCAUUUCGCAAAGAGAAUGGUAUCGAUGAAAUUGAAUUGGCCGAUGUAAAACCGAUCAAGAAGGCACCCACUGCCAUAAUGUCACGCACACCCAUCUUAGCUUCGUAUUUGAUUGCUCUGCGUGACCUGGAUGAGAAAAUUGAUAAUGUUUUGGAUCUGCAGUUUUUGCAUGGUUAUUAUGAGCCGACAUUGUUGAUAUUGUACGAACCGGUGAGGACAUUUACCGGCAGAGUUGCGGUACGUUCCGAUACCUGUGUCUUGGUCGCAAUAUCCUUGAAUAUCCAACAACGUGUCCAUCCGAUUAUAUGGACAGUGACGGGCCUGCCGUUUGAUUGUUUGCAAGUUUUUCCCAUCCAAAAGCCGAUUGGCGGCUGUUUGGUGACAACGGUGAAUGCGAUUAUUUACUUAAAUCAAAGUGUUCCGCCAUAUGGUGUGUCACUGAAUAGUUCAGCCGAUCAUAGUACAAGUUUCCCGCUGAAACCCCAGGAUGGUGUGCGUAUUAGUUUGGAUGCAGCCAAUAUUGCUUUUAUUGAUGUGGAUAAGCUGGUGGUGUCGCUCAGAACGGGUGACUUGUAUGUGGUCACCUUGUGUGUGGAUUCGAUGAGAACAGUUAGAAAUUUCCAUUUCCAUAAGGCAGCUGCAAGUGUUUUGACCAGUUGUAUGGCUGUGUGCCAAAGUGAAUAUCUAUUUUUGGGUUCACGUUUGGGCAACUCACUGCUGUUACAUUUCACCGAGGAGGAUCAAAGUACGGUAAUCACUUUGGAUGAAUACGAUGGCACAGAUGGUGGAGGUGGUGGCGGCGGCAGCGGUGGCAACGAUGAUACACGUAAAGCCCGUCGCAUUGAAGAUGAAGAACUUGAGGUGUAUGGUUCGGGCGCUAAGACCUCUGUACAGUUGAGGAAAUAUAUAUUUGAGGUAUGCGACAGUUUGCUGAAUGUCGGCCCGAUUAAUUACAUGUGUGCCGGGGAGCGUGUGGAAUUUGAAGAAGGCGGCACAACGUUGAAACCUCAAGCCAGCAACUUGGCCGAUUUGAAAAUAGACAUUGUGGCUUCGGUGGGUCAUAGCAAAAAUGGGGCGCUCUGUGUCUUUGCUAACUGCAUUAAUCCUCAAGUUAUAACCUCAUUCGAGUUGGAUGGUUGCCUGGAUGUUUGGACGGUCUUCGAUGAUGUUAGUCGGAAAAUGAGCCAUCAAGAUCAUCACGAUUUUAUGAUUCUAUCACAAAGAACCUCAACAUUGGUACUGCAGACCGGAGAGGAAAUCAACGAAAUUGACAACACCGGAUUCAGCUACAACCAGCCGACAAUAUUUGUGGGUAAUUUGGGCCAAAAUCGUUUUAUUGUCCAGGUCACAACACGUUCGGUGCGUUUACUGCAGGGUAAACGUCUUAUACAAAAUGUACCCAUAGAUGAGGGUGCCCCAGUGGUCCAGGUAUCCAUUGCUGAUCCAUAUGUAUGUUUACGUGUUCUCCACGGAAAGGUUAUUACAUUGGCGUUGCGUGAAACCAAGGGCACCCCACGUCUGGCCAUUAAUAAGAAUACCAUUAGCAGUGUUCCAGCGGUUAUAUCGUUGUCGGCCUAUAAGGAUCUCUCGGGCCUUUUCACCACCAAGACAGAUGAUGUUUUGAAUUUGACCGGUUCCGGUGGUAAUUCUCUGUAUGCCGGCUUGGGUUAUAUGAAGGCGGAACCGAACAUGAAAAUCGAAGACGAAGAAGAUUUGCUGUAUGGUGAAUCGGGUAAUGCCUUUAAAAUGAAUAGCAUGGCCGAUUUGGCCAAGCAGUCGAGGCAGAAAAAUUCCGAUUGGUGGCGUCGCCUUUUGUUGCCAGUAAAAUCCACCUAUUGGCUAGUUGUGGGUCGUGAAAGUGGUACUUUGGAAAUAUAUUCUAUGCCCGAUAUGAAAUUGGUCUAUUUGGUUAAUGAUAUCGGCAAUGGCGAUACCAUACUAACCGAUUCCAUGGAAUUUGUGCCGGUCAAUCUCAAUCAAGCCGACAACAAGCAGGGUAUAUUGUUAAAUUGUAUGCCUCAGCAUGCCAACUCCCCGCUGCCACUGGAGGUAUCAUUGGUGGGUUUGGGUUAUCAAGGCAAUCGGCCGCUGCUAAUGAUACGUACCCGUUUGGAGCUGUUGAUCUAUCAGGCCUAUCGUUAUGCCAAGGGUAAUAUGAAGAUACGAUUCCGCAAAUUAACCACAAUAAAUAUGAGAGAUGAUAAUUCCGAUGUGACCAUGGAAAUAGAUGAUGAUAAUUCGGAAAUGGAAUCCUAUAACCUGCAAGAUCGUUACAUUAACAAGUUGCGCUACUUUACAAAUAUCGGCGGUUUAAAUGGUGUGGUGGUAUGUGGACCAAAUCCGUAUUUUAUUUUUCUCACCGGCAAAGGAGAGCUGAGGACCCACAAAUAUACCAAUGGCUAUUUGCGGAGUUUUGCACCGUUCAACAAUGUCAAUUGUCCCCAAGGAUUCUUGUGUUUCGAUACCAGCUUCGAUUUGAAGAUUUGUGUAUUGCCACCCUAUCUGACCUAUGAUUCACCAUGGCCGGCACGCAAGGUGCCUUUGCGGUGUACACCCAAACAAAUUGUCUACCAUCGGGAAAAUCGUGUCUAUUGUUUGAUAACCCAGACGGAGGAGCAAACAAACAAAUAUUUCCGUUUCAACGGCGAAGACAAGGAGCUGACAGAGGAAAAUAAAGGAGAACGUUUUAUCUAUCCGAAUAUGUCGAAAUUUCAAAUGGUCUUGGUCAGCCCGGAGACAUGGGAAAUUGUACCCGAUGCCUCCAUUGAAUUUGAAAACUGGGAACAUGUAACGGCGUUUAAAAUUGUCAAAUUGGCCUAUGAGGGCACACGAUCUGGUCUUAAGGAAUACCUUUGCAUUGGCACCAAUUUCAAUUACAGCGAAGAUAUAACCUCAAGGGGUAAUAUUCACAUCUACGAUAUCAUUGAAGUUGUACCGGAACCAGGAAAACCAUUAACGAAAUUCAAAUUGAAGGAAAUCUUUAAAAAAGAACAGAAAGGUCCCGUCUCGGCAAUUUCCGAUGUUUUGGGCUUCUUGGUGACGGCGUUUGGGCAGAAAAUCUAUCUAUGGCAGUUGUCGGAUGAUGAUCUAAUCGGUGUCGCCUUUAUCGACACGAAUAUCUAUGUACAUGAAAUAAUAUCGAUUAAAUCGUUGAUACUCAUUGCCGAUGUCUACAAGUCGGUAAGUGUCUUACGUUUCCAGGAGGAAUUCAAGACCCUAUCGCUGGCCUCUAGAGACUUCUACCCCCUGGAGGUAUUUGGCAUCGAAUUUAUGGUGGACAAUACCAAUUUGGCUUUCUUGGUGACGGAUGCGGAAAAGAAUUUCAUUGUAUAUAUGUAUCAACCGGAAGUACGAGAGUCCAUUGGUGGCCAAAAGCUAUUACGUAAAGGUGAUUAUCAUUUGGGUCAAACGGUUAACACCAUGUUUCGCAUACAAUGCCAUCAGAGGGGGCACAUUCAGCGUCAGCCCUUUACCUAUGAAAAUAAGCAUUUUGUUGUCUAUGGCACUUUGGAUGGUGGCAUUGGUUAUUGUCUGCCCCUGCCGGAGAAAGUGUAUCGUCGUUUUUUGAUGUUGCAAAACGUACUGCUAUCCUAUCAGGAACAUUUGUGCGGCCUGAAUCCCAAGGAAUUUCGGACAAUAAAAAUGGCCAAGAAGCUAUCGAUAAAUCCUAGUCGUUGCAUCAUAGAUGGUGAUUUGAUAUGGUCAUUUGCCAAUAUGACGGUGGCCGAACGAAAUGAAGUGGCCAAGAAGAUUGGCACCAAAACCGAAGAUAUUCUAAGUGAUCUCUUGGAAAUUGAAAGGAUAACCACAGUGUUUUAA